GUCUUGUCCAUGCUGGUAGAACAUUAACCGAGCUCACUGGUUGUCAUGGUAAAAUUAGAGGUUGCUGUGAACGUAAUUUCAUUAGGGUGGGGGAAGAGAUGAAGAAAAAUGAGAUCAUGACAAUGAAAGCUUUCAAAUCAUCAGACCAUUGGGUUGCUAGCAGACAGUAACCUCUGGAAAAGGAACCACCCCGAAGUUGAGAACAAACACCAACUGAAUUGGGGUAAAAUAUCAGAAGAAGCUCUUGAUAAAGACGCUAAAAGGAUUCUGGGGGAAAGUUUUCUAAUUUUUUUGUUAGUAGAGAUUACAAUAUUGUUUUGGGAAAAUGUGUUGUGGAGGGUGUGCAAAGUGCCUUGGAAUUACUCUCAUUCCUCUGGCUGUACUGUGUACCCUUGCCAAUAUUUUGCUGUUUUUUCCUGGAGGAUACCCUGAAUCCAGUGAUCAUAUUUCUGUAGAAGUCUGGUACUUUGGAGGGAUCUUGGGUUCGGGUGUACUGAUGGUGUUUCCUAUCUUGGUCUUUUUUGGGCUUAAGAACAAUGAUUGCUGUGGAUGCUGUGGGAAUGAAAGCUGUGGAAAGAGGUUUGCGAUGUUUACUUCUGUAAUAUUUGCAGGAGUGGGAGUUUUGGGAGCUGGGUACAGCUUUAUUUUGUCAGCUGUUGCUCUGAAUAGAGGCCCUAAAUGUUCUCUGCACAAUGACACAUGGACCUAUCCAUUUGAAAAUGGGGAUUAUCUGGGGAACUAUACUCUUUGGGAUGUUUGCGUGUCACCUGAGUCUGUCGUGCCCUGGAAUCUGACUCUCUUCUCUUUGCUGCUGGUAAUGAGUGGAGCUCAAGUGGUGCUGUGCGCCAUUCAGGCUAUCAAUGGGCUCUUUGGAACACUCUGUGGGGACUGCACAUGUUGUGGGGUAAGGCUGUUUGUGUGAUCACAACAUAGAGAAGUACUCCUGCUGCCCUCUGACUAUUAUGGCUGACUUAAUAUCUUCUUACUAUAUAUUUAAAUGUCCUUGGAAUUAAAAACAUGCAAGCCAUUUUUCAGUCCUUAAUGGACAGUAAAAAGCAAAGCUAGUUUGCUUAUGAUGUAU